GAAUUAAUUAGUAGUAAUUAAUAUUGUUUUAUAAAUAAUAAAUAAACUCAAAGGUUACCUAUUUGAUGUUGUUGAGUUUAACAUCGCGCGCGAAUCAAGAUAGUGUUGGGUGGGCUUUCCCAACACAUAGGUCCAUCACGUAAACUCCUCCCAUAAAACCAAACUCCAUUGUUACGCUCACUCAAUUCUUUUCGACACAAAAACAAACUAACUCCGUCCUUAAUUUCAGUGUUCUUGAUAUCAAUCAAAUCUCAAACAAAGAUAUGGGUCGUCCAAAAACAAAUUUGAAACGCAUUCAAAAUGAGAAAGUUCGAAAAACAACUUUCGUUCACCGAAAGAAUGGAUUAUCAAAGAAAGUUUCGGAAUUUUCAAGCAUAUUUGGAGCUGAAGUUUGCUUAAUUGUGUAUGAUAGUGAUGGUAGUGAUAUACCAAUGACUUUUCCAGAAAAUGCCACAACUGUACAAUCUAUGCUUAAAAAGUAUGAGCAUCAAAAGAUUGAGACUACUCUUGAGGAAUUUGGCGUCAAAGACUACUAUGCCAAUAAGAAGAAUUUAGUCGAAGCCGAGAUUUCCAGAGUGCGUAAGGAGAUCCUCAAGAAAAAGUAUCCAACUUCGAGCCCAAUUUUUCAUAACAUGGAAGAGGAGCAACUCAAAGCUUUCAUUGCUUUUGUAGAUUCCAAGAUUGAAGCUUGUAAUCACAUGCUGAAAAAUAUGCAACAAAAAGACACUUGCUUCGUACAAAACAUGGCUCAAGAUAGUGAUGUCUGCUUACAUUCAAGUCAAGAUAAUGUAGUAAUGCAUAACCUUCCUCAAAUGCAACAUAUUACUGAUUUUAUGGAACCAACCAAUGAUGAUAUUAGUGAGUGGAUAGAUUUCAGUGAUCUUUCUGAUUUGCCACCAGUUUCGUCGAUAAACCAACUUAGUAAACUUGUUGAGUGGGAUGAUAUAAAGGUUGAAUCUGAGGGCUUUACUAGCUUCAUACAUAGCACUAUGCAAAACAUUACUUAUGACAAUGUUCUAUCCUCAAAUUCAAGCCAACUUGAUGUGAAUCAUAACAUUCCUCAAAUACAAAAUAUUACUGGUUGUAUGCUGCCACCUUACGAUGACAUUUGUGAUAUGGUAGAUUUUAGUGGUCUUAUUGAUUGGGAUAAUAUAGUAGCUGAACCUGAGGAUUUUACUGUUGUAGAAGAUGAUUUUUUGUGUAUUUAAACAAAUAAAGAUGUUCAUAAUAUAAUAUGCAAUGAAUAGAGUUUACUUAUAA